GUUUAAUCCCAAAACCAGAAGACAACUUAGUUACAUCCUCUAAAAUUCAACUAGGUUUUCGUCACACUAUUUCGGUGUCUCCCAUAUAAUUGUUCCUACGCCGUCGGCUCCACCUUCACCUUGGUCUCAACAGAAACUGCUCAUUCAUCCUUCCCAGGAGUACUAUCUUGGAUUCAUCAAUAUGUUUGGUUCAUCAGGUAUGGCAGAGGAAGCUGGUAUGUUCAAGGUUCAUCAAACAAUUGGCAGUGUAUUGUGUUGCAAGUGUGGGAUUCCUAUGCAACCAAAUGCUGCUAAUAUGUGUGUGAAGUGUUUGCGGUCUGAAGUUGAUAUUACAGAAGGAUUACUGAAGCGCCUCGUGCUGGUGCAUUGCCCUGAGUGUGAAAGUUACUUGCAGCCACCAAGAAGUUGGGUCAAACUGCAGCUAGAAUCGAAGGAGUUGCUGACUUUUUGCUUAAAAAAACUGCAGAAGAAUUUGAAUUCGAAUAAAGUGAGGUUGGUUCAUGCUGAGUUUAUUUGGACUGAGCCCCAUUCCAAGAGGGUAAAAGUCAGGGUUAAGGUUCAGAAGGAGGUUCUGAAUGGAGCGAUACUUGAACAGUCUUAUCCUGUGGAGUAUGUUCAACAAGAACAUAUGUGUGAUUCUUGUACCAGGGUCCAGGCUAAUCCUGACCAGUGGGUUGCUGCUGUGCAACUCAGGCAACAUGUUUCUCACAGGCGUACUUUCUUUUAUUUGGAGCAGCUGAUUCUGAAGCAUGGUGCUGCUGCCAGUGCUAUAAGAAUCAAGCAGAUGGAACAAGGUAUCGAUUUCUUUUUCUCUAAUAGGAGUCAUGGAGUCAAAUUUGUGGAGUUUAUAGGGAAAGUUGCUCCUGUAAAGAGCCGUCAUGAUAAGCAGCUUGUUUCUCAUGAUCCAAAGAGCAAUAACUACAACUACAAAUAUACAUUUUCUGUUGAACUCAGCCCUAUUUGCCGUGAGGAUUUAAUCUGUCUGCCUCCUAAAGUUGCUGUUAGUUUGGGAAAUAUUGGUCCUAUUGUGAUUUGCACCAAGGUUACUAACAGCAUUGCUUUGCUUGAUCCAUUUACCUUGAGGCACUGUUUCUUAGAUGCUGAUCAGUACUGGAGGACAUCCUUCAAGUCGUUACUUACAAGCAGACAAUUGGUGGAAUAUAUAGUGCUAGAUGUGGAGGUUGUUUCAUCUGAGGUUACUAUUGGUGGCACAAAAUAUCGUUUAGCAGAUGCUCAAGUAGCCCGUGUGUCAGAUUUUGGAAAGAAUGACACUAUAUUUAAUGUCAAGACUCAUCUGGGCCAUCUUUUAAAUCCUGGUGAUUACGCUCUUGGUUAUGAUCUGUAUGGGGCCAAUAGUAAUGACAUGGAGUUGGACAAGUACAGAGGACUUGUCCUUCCUGAAGCAGUUUUAAUAAAGAAGAGUUAUGAAGAGAAGCGCCAAAAGAAACGUGGGAAGCCUCGUGCAUGGAAGCUUAAAUCGCUUGAAAUGGAGGUUGAUGAUAAGGCUAGAGUUGAUCAAGACAAAAUGGUCUCAGAAUAUGAACAAUUCUUGAAGGAUUUGGAAGAAAACCCUGAUAUGAGGUUCAACAUAUCAUUGUACCGAAAUGCAGAGUACCAGCCAUCAGAGAUGGCAUCAGUUACUGAUGGUGAUGAGCUACCUUCUGUUCCAUUGGAGGAGUUGCUAGCUGAUCUUGAUCUGAGUGAGGAUGAAGAUGGGGAGGAUAACAUGAUGGAAUGAACAAAUCUUCUUCUAUCUUGAUUUAUUAUUUUAUGGUAUCUUGGUUUUGUUCAUGACAAAGUUUUUUCCCCUCUCCCAUUUAUGUUGUAUUAAGUUUCAAUCUCUGUUGAUGGUUUGUUUACUGAAAGAACAAUUAGAUGGUAAUUUUGCAGGCAGUACUAAGAAUAUAAAUAUCUUGUGUCAAAAUUCUUUUAUUAUUCUUGGAUGUUAAGGCUGUUGCACUCGUGUCAACAUUAUUUAAUUUCUUGCGCCUUUGGUUGCCUGAUUAUGGCAAGAAACAGUGUAAUUGUCAUUUGUCA